AUGUCGGUAACCAUCCAUCUGGAUCGGCCUCAUGCUCAUUUCACCAACCUCGAUUUUCUCACGGGCAAAGUCGUGCUCACUCUCCCGUCAGAAGCCCCGAUAGGAGGCAUUCAAGUGAAGUUAGAGGGGGAAAGCCGAACCCGGCUGUCGGGCCCACGGCAUCCGCAUAAUGAGCAAUCAGACAAGAAACGGACAGAACUUGAGGUCCAUAAGAUCUUGUACAAGGUUGAGACACUCUUCCCAACACCGGCUGUGUUCAAUCCGAAAACCCAGAAUACGGCGUUCACUUUUGCUGCCGGGACGUAUGAGUAUCCCUUCCAAUUCAAGUUUCCUUUCAACAAUGCGUGCAGUUCGCACAAUAGCAUGCUCACCAACCUGAACUUUACGGGGUUGAAGGUUGAGAUGGCCAAGGACACCAACCGACAUGUCAAGAAGACGCUUCCACCUUCUCUGAGCGGUUUCCAGGGUCUUGCAGAGAUCAAGUACUAUGUGAAAGCGACGGUCAUUCGCCCGCAGUUCUACAAAGAAAACUUGAGAGCAAUUACUAAAUUGAACUUCCUCCCAAUUGAGCCCCCACGGACUGGGAAUCCCAAUGAAGAGACUUACGCUAGACGCCAGCACCAAUUCAAUAGGCCAUCUUCGUCGUCCAAGACCAAGAAGAGUUUGUUCUCGAAACUCUCCUCGCCUUCGCUACAAGACGCGAAUGAAGCGUCUCUACGGAUCUCGGCAGAUGCGAGACUGCCCAAUCCAUCUAUCCUAACUUGUAAUGAGCCAAUUCCAUUAAGGCUGCUGGUGACCAAGCGCUCCGAGUCGUAUGAGACGAUAUUUCUGCAGAUGCUGCAAAUAGAGCUCAUCAGUUACACCCAUGUCCUGGCUCAUGAUCUGCGACGCACAGAGGGCGGAGGCUGGGUCAUAUUGAGCCACAGUAAUAUGAAUGUCCCACUCGGACGAGGAGGGGAUCCCGUUGGUACAGAAUGGACAGUUGAUCCUUCCAUGUGGAAUCGAAUACCCUUGCCUAGCACAGUUGCCCCGUCUUUCGACACUUGUAAUAUCUCACGAAGAUAUGAACUCGAGGUACGAAUCGGCUUAAGCCAUGGCAGCGUUGGCAAUAUGAAGCCUCAAAUGAUCGUUCUGCCUCUGAGGUUACCUGUCAAGGUGUAUUCGGGCAUAGCUCCGCCACAAGCGCUCCUCGACGCCAUGGCUGCUGGCGGAAGGCCAAUCUCAAUUAAACCACUCCCAGCCGAGCCUGUGAACAAUGCUGGUGACCGUCCGCCAAUGCCUCCCCGGCCUUCUGGAUCAGGCAUACCCACAAGCGUAGAGGAUGCUUACGACGAAGCUCCACCAAGCUACGAGGAUGCGAUGGCUGAAACUCUAAGUCCUGUGGAUGGCCCCCGCCGCGAGUAUAACCCACCAGAUGCUCCCUCUGCCAACAGAGCUAAUGAAUCUGGAGCUGAUUCGACCUCUUCAGUUUUUCGGACAAAGGGGCUUGAAACCACGUCGCCUUACGGCCAUCCUGAAGCCAAUUCAUCAUUGGAAUCAUUUGAUAUGCUUCCUGCCACGCCACCGGAAUCACACUCUGGAUCACCUCCUACCUCUCCGAUUGCACGCCAGCAAAGUGUGCUCAAGAUACACAAGGCCUUACCACUGGAGGAAGAAAGUCCACCUCAAUACCAGCAGGUAGCUGGACCUUCCUCUCCAAACCCACAAGACCACAAUGAGCAUGGAUCGUCUCGACCAGGGUUCCGUCCCAUGAAUCUUGGAGUCCCCAAUAGGAAGCCGGUUCCCCGGAGUCCGAGUUCCGGACACUUCUAA